GGCGACUUCAGCAUUGAACCCACUGCCGUCAAAUUUGACUGGACUGCAAUAUUCAUUUUCUCUGGUUUGAAAACAAGUUGGAUUUCUUUCCAGACUUAGAAGGCAAAACACCCAAAAAGCAAAAAAGAAAAGAACAAGUGGGAUGGAAAGUUUGACAAUAUUUUAUAUGGUUAUUUGCCCUAAAAAGGAAAGAGAAUAAAUGGAAGUUCCUGUUACGUUAAGAAUGAUUGGACAGAACAAAUCUUACCUACUUGUAUGAGACAGCUGGACUGAGAAAGCUAUGGGCUUCUCAAAUGGUUCAGCACAAAGACAUUGACUUGAGCCAACUCAAAUAUUCGUUUAUUUUUUCCCCUAUAUAAACAGCAUGAGCUCAACAGCGCAUCUAUUCAUUUUCUUUACCUGCAAAAGACAUGGCGAAUACCAGAUCUUCUAUCUGGUGUUUUUCUCUUAUUUUGAUCCUCUCUUCUGAGUUCCUUUACCUCGAAACUGUUAUUGGUUCAUGUGUGAGUCAAAAUGUUAGCUGCAUUCCAAUGGAAAGAAAAGCUCUUCUCAACUUCAAAGAAGGUCUCACCGAUCCCUCAGGGCGGCUCUCUUCUUGGAAAGGUGAAGAUUGCUGUAGCUGGGCUGGUGUACGGUGCAGUGACAAGCUUGGACAUGUCACCAAGCUCAAACUUCCCAACCUGUAUUCCAGUAAUCCUGAUGUAUCAGAUGCAACAGCUUAUGCGUUAGGCGGUGAGAUACAUCCUUCUUUGAUUGAUUUGAAAUACUUGAAGUACUUAGACCUUAGUAUGAACUACUUUGGAGGAGUCUCAAUUCCAAACUUUUUUGGAUCACUCAAGACUUUGAGAUACCUCAAUCUCUCGGGUGCAUCCUUUGGUGGAUCUCUUCCUUCAUUUUUGGGAAACCUUACAAGCUUGCGCUAUCUUGAUCUCAAUUCUUGUUUUACUGACUCAAACAAGAAUGACUUACAUUGGUUAUCAACCCUUUCUAAUUUGAAACACCUAAAUUUGGGAAGUGUUGAUCUUAGUAUGACCAGCACAUACUGGCUUGAAGCUGUCAACAUGUUUCCUUCAUUAGAGGAGCUGCACUUACCAGCUUGUGGACUUUCCAUUCUUCCUCUCUCACUUCCCCUCGUUAACCUUUCAUCCCUUGCCGUCCUUGAUCUCUCAAACAAUGGUUUCAACUCCUCAAUACCUACUUGGCUUUUUAACAUCAGUGGUCUUCAGUAUCUUGAUCUCGGCUCUAACAGUCUUAUAGGCGAAAUUCCAGAUGGAUUUGCAGACAUGAACUUUCUUCAAAACCUUGACCUGUCUGAAAAUUCAUUCAUUGAAGGCAAGUUGUCAAGAAGAAAUUUGGGAAACCUUUGCAAUUUGCGUGUGCUUGAUCUCUCUUACAAUAUGAUUAGCGGUGAUAUUGGAGAAUUUACCAGUGGCUUGUCUCAAUGCAACAAUCGUAGCUUAGAGUCAUUGCAGUUGGGUUACAAUGAAUUGGGUGGCUUUCUUCCUGAUUCUUUGGGACACUUGUGGAAUUUAAAAAAUCUUCUUCUCGUGCACAACUACUUUGUCGGUUCCAUUCCAGAAUCCAUAGGGAAUUUGUCUUCACUAGAGUUUUUCGAUCUCUCCGACAAUGGAAUGAAAGGAACAAUCCCAACAACCAUAGGACAACUCUCAUCAUUAGUCUCAUUAGAAAUCAAAGGUAAUCAAUGGGAGGGCGUUUUAACAGAAGCUCACUUUUCCAAUCUCACAAGCUUAAAGGAGUUAUCAAUUGUUCAAAACUCUAGGAACAUCACCUUGAUGUUCAAUGUGACUUCGAAUUGGGUUCCUCCUUUCAAAUUAAGAUAUAUAAACCUCAAAUCAUGCCUUGUAGGCCCUGAAUUUCCUGCGUGGCUAAGAAAUCAGAACGAGCUGAAGUAUGUAGGCGUGUGGAAUGCUGGGAUCUUAGGCAGCAUCCCGGAGUGGUUUUGGAAGCUAGAUUUGGUUUUCGACGUGCUGGACUUCAGUUACAAUCAGUUAACUGGUGCAGUGCCAAGCUCCAUAAAGUUUAGGCCUCAAGGUAUAGUUUUUUUGAACUAUAAUAACUUCACAGGCCCUCUGCUAGUUUUAUCAUCGAAUUUGAGUUCAUUUCAUCUUGACCAUAAUAUGUUUUCUGGACCAAUUCCUCAUGAUUUUGGUGCAAGAAUGCCCAUGUUGGCUGAUAUUGAUCUCUCUUUCAACUCCUUAAGUGGUUCUAUUCCCUCAUCCAUUGGAAAUCUGAAUUCUUUGCUGACUUUUGUUAUCUCAGACAAUCAGUUGACUGGAAAAUUUCCGGAUAUCUGGAAUAACAUGUCAGCCUUGUAUCUUAUUGAUAUGUCCAACAAUAGUUUAUCUGGGAAUAUACCUCCUUCUUUGGGUUCUUUGACUGAACUCAGAUACUUGAGGCUGAGCACAAACAAUCUUUCUGGGGAACUCUCACCUACCCUGCGGAAUUGCACAGUCAUGGAAAAUCUUGAUCUUGGAAACAACAGGCUUUCUGGAGAGAUUCCAACAUGGAUCGGAGAAACUAUGCCAUCUUUGCUGAUUCUAAAUUUACGAUCAAACCUGUUCACUGGGGAUAUUCCAAUACAGCUAUGCAAUCUUUCCUUUCUCCAUAUACUGAACUUGGGAGACAACAAUUUGUCAGGAUCGAUUCCUCGCUGUAUUGGCAAUAUGAGUGGAUUUUCCAGCAUUAUUAAUGAUACGAGAUAUGAGGCACAAUUAUGGGUUGUGGCAAAGGGAAGAGAUCUCUUUUAUGACACCAAUCUGUUUCUUGUGAACAGCAUAGACCUUUCAAGCAAUAACUUAUCUGGAGAUUUUCCUGAAGAGCUUACAAAUCUUUUAAGAUUGGGCACCUUGAACUUGUCAAUGAACCAUUUGACAGGAAAGAUACCAUCAGGUAUUGGUCGCUUGAAAUGGCUUGAGACUCUCGACCUCUCAAGAAAUCAGUUUUCUGGCAUGAUCCCACCAAGCAUGGUCUCCUUAACUUCCUUAAAUCACUUGAACCUUUCGUACAACAACCUGUCUGGUAAAAUUCCGUCAGCCAACCAGUUCCAAACCCUCAACGAUCCAUCCAUUUAUGAAGGUAACAGUGGACUUUGUGGGCCACCACUGCCAACCAGGUGCAAUGGUGAUGAUGAAUCAUCAACUUCUCCUGAUGUUAGGAACAAGGACAAUGAAAACGGAGAUGACCACGAAAUGGUGUGGUUCUAUAUCAGCAUGGGACCAGGAUUUGUUGUGGGAUUUUGGGGAGUGUGCUUCCCUUUAAUGGUGAAGAAAUCUUGGAGGCGUGUCUACUUCAAGUUCCUUGAUGAUAUGAAAGAAAGGCUAAUGCUGUUUGUCUUGUUAAACUUAGCUCGGCUAAGAAGAUCACAUCAAUGAACAUGCUUCAAAUAAGGUAACGACUCAUGCAGCUUAUAGCCACAUAUCUUGAAGCCUUUUUCUACUCAUUGUUUGAAAAUGAGGAAAUUUAUCGACCAAAAUCAGCAAUGCUUUGUAUGACAAUAGGGCUAAAUCAAUGGUUUCAUCAAUAAAGAAUAAAUUUGAUAUUGGCCAAAA